GUCAUUAACUUUGGACACUUCCCCCCGGGCUGUCAGCAGAAGUGAACGGUCCAACAGUGGCGAGUUAGGUAACCAGCGAAGCUUCCACCACGCGCCAGGGGGAGAGGGGCGGUUGUUUACUAAACGGAACACCUGUGCAUCGCUGUGUGAAAUCAACACCAAGCGUCAACACCGGUCUGUCUCGAUAGACGUGUUACAGCUCCGUGCUUGUGUCCGCAGCACGCCGAGUGUACACGCUGGGAUAACACAUGUUGGGAUAAUUCAUGCUGGGAUAAUUCAUGCUGGGAUAAUUCAUGUUAGACACAUGACAGACAGGAUAUAAUCUAGGCCUAUACUAUAUAGGGAAAUAUCGUGCUGGAUACAUGCUAUAAAUACAAUGCACUGUGUAUGAUAGGCCUACGAUCCUCUACAUACAAGGAUAAUUGGAGAAUUCCUAGGAUACAUCGACACCUUCGGAUAGUAUGACACACAAGUAAUUUAAACAACUUGGCCGUCUCUGAGACCGAAACUCCAGAGGAGAUGGCGCUUGCUAGAAACGGUACUCAGAAGCCUGGAACCCAGAAUGGCAAGCCUGCAAUUGUGGGGUUGGGUCAAGAUGACGUGGCACCGGAGGAUGGACUGGUCAAGCUGGACGUGACUUUACCUGAUGGUCAGCGGAAGGAUAUACAAGUCGAAUACACCACCCCUAUGCUGGACCUACUGGUCUGUCUGGCCGCCAAGAGCCGACUUAACCCGUCUGGGUUGGCCCUUCAGCUGGUGGCCGAGGACACGGGCAAGCCCCUGGCCUACAAGGCCAACCAGACCAUCGGCUCGCUGGGCGGCCGAGUGGUUCGUAUUGUCAGCAAAGACGAUCUCGCGGCCAAGUCUAAAAAUAAACCCUCGAAACAAGACAAACCUUUUGAGAUGACCCAGAGAUUUACUGUAAACCUCCCUAGAGGUCAGAAAACUGUCCUGCGCAUCAGUCCUCAAAUGGCAUUGGGUGAACUCAUGAACUUGGUGUGUGAGGACAAAGGCCUUGACCCCAGAAGACAUGUUUUACAGAUACCCGGAAAACCUGGGGAAGUUGUGGAUUUAAAUGCCAGCAUUCAACAGAUGGGCAUUCACGAGAUGAACCUCAUCACUGUUGGUUUACAAAACAAUGCAGUUUCGUUACCUGACCUGUCUAAGCCAGUACCCAAAGAUGACAAGGUUUCAUUUUCCACACCUUCUCCAACUAAAACAGCAGAGCCAAAGAAAAAGAGGAGUUUUCUUUCAUUCCUCUCUAAAAAGGAUAAAAAAUAUAAAGCAUCUGAGACAAACAUGGAGACCAGUUCUUCUGGCAGUCAAAAAUCUAACUCAGCUCCAGCACAAAAACCCAGGACACCUCCCCCAACCCGGCGCAACCCUGAGCCAGACAACAGACCCAAGUCCAUGUUCAUUCCUUCAACUAAACCAGUGGAUGAGGAUAUAGGAAAUAAUAAUUCAGAAAACGCUCACACAUUAGUGGCACCUGCUCGUAAGAAACGACGAGCCCCUGCCCCACCUGUUCCUGCACAGGUGCAAAUAAAGGUGCAGGAGAUACCUGCAGACAAUGCCAGUGCUCCAGUUCCUCAAAGCCAGCAUAAUAGCACGCCACAAGUGCAGAACUCAGGUCUACCUGUUCAACAUUCGUCACGCUCUGAUGCUCUCAACCGCCUUCACUCGCGCAACAGUUCAGACUCCAGUGGUUAUCAUGAGCUCACCUUGAGUGGGUGUGAGUCACCAGAAGCUGCUCACCUCAAUGGAACCAAGUUUAAAACAAGCAUCGACACAACGUCCAUAGAGAGCACAGAAAUGGCCAGUAAUGAUGUGGCCGCUCACGAAUCACCUUCUAAAAUAUCAACCAUUGUAGAACUGCAUGAAAAGUCUGAGGCAACUAGCAUUACAAGUACUUCGCCUCCCUUGAACACUGGAACUCUUCCGUCUAUGAAGAAAAGAAAAGCACCUGCUCCUCCUGCACCACCUGUUCCUGCACCAUCAGUUCCAAAAGUCACACCCACAGAACCCCAAACCACACCCACAGAACCAAAAACCACACCCACAGAACCACAAACCACACCAACAGAACCACAAACCACACUUCCACAAGUCACAGUAUCACAAACAAAUUCACAAGUCACAGCCACAGUAUCACAGACCACACCCACCAACCCACAAACCACACUACCUCCUCCAGCCCCUAGCUCUCCUGAAGACACCAGAACUGAUGAAAGCUUAUCACAAGAAGCCAACAUGGUUGUGGAUGUAGCUGAUAAUCCUAUCACACAUCAAGAGAGUGUAGAAAUUGAAGAAGAAAUUGUUUCAAGUCUGCAUCAUCAAGAGGAACAAGCAUUUAAUUCUGCUACCACUGAGGACCAAGCGGACAGUUCCAGCCUGUCCAGUUCUGUGACAUCAGCUCAGGCGACAUUUGACGACAUCUUAAACGGAAUUCAGUUUGAAGAAGAGAAACCAACAUUGAUAAAAGUCAAUAACAAGUAUGAUGAGAAUGAUGAUGAUGAGAAAAUAGAACAGGUGCAGCCCUACAAUGAGCGUCCUUGUGCAUUUAUCCCCCCACCCCCUCCCACAGAGCCCCCUCCUGACAAUUUCGAGGUGGAUGAAAGAUUAAUUGAAACAUCCUAUGAGCCAAUAUUGAUUGACAAGGAAACAGAAGUGAACGAGGACAACACUUCUCUGGCCACUUCCAGUGCCAAAAGUUCACCAGGACAUGCUCGUAAGUUCAGCAUCACCAGUCUGGGAUCAGUUGACACUAUCGAGGACAUCAGCUUAGAUUUUGAGCAGACUAUACAAUUUGCAGAAGAAACAAUUUUAACUUCUUCUUACGUUGAGGAAGGGAAUUCUGGGUACAAGAAUGAGAUGGCACAGUUUGUUGAGAGAAUGAGCAAGUUAGCGCUGGAGAACCCACACCUGUCAGAGGUUACUUCCCCUGAGGACAGCAUCAGCCUGUCUGUCCAUGGCUCCGAUACCAACUCUGAAACGGGAUCAGUCAUCCAGCACAACCGGACUGACUCUAAGGACUCUAGGUCAGAGUCUGAAAGUGGCUCUCUGAGUAGGAAACUGGGGAAGAAAGUUCAUGCCAAGGAAGUUGAGAGUCCUGUGUGUGAGGAGGUGCCAUUCAAUGGCGGCCUGUCCCACAGUUAUGGAGGUGGUUCCCAAGAGAUUGCUGUGUGCGAGGAAAUGACAGUCCUACCUGAGACAGUGCCACCACCCCCAGAGUUCGAUGAUGAUGGCAUCAUUGAGAAAGUUAUUGACAGUGUCAAUAUAAAUAGUGACACUGUCAACAGAAAUUUUGACAGGAAUGAGAAAGAUAGUGACAGUGAAAGUGAUAGUUCCAGUGAUGUUGUAGAUGACUUAACUACCGACAGAAAUGUCACAUCUUACCCUAGUGACAAUUUUGUGGACACUAGUGUAGGAAAAUACAGCAAUGAGAGAGAGAAUGUAAAUGAAGAAGAUGAAGAGGAAUAUUAUUCUGAGACUGUCGAAGAGCUGAUUAUCCCCCUUGGGCCAAAUGGUUAUGACUUUUCCGCUGCAGUUAAAGUGGAUGAAACCUCUAAAGAAAAACCUCCUGAGCCCUCCACUAAAGAGGCUGUAACUGGCGUGUUCAGGGCAGUACCACUUUCUAUUGCACCAUUUUCUUAUGGUUUGACAUCAGCCAUUGAUGCCCAACUGAACCAGCCCACCCCAACUACCCCUGCUCCUAAAGAAGAAUUUGUACUGACCAGUGAAGACCUGUCCAGCGUUUGUUUCCUACCACCAAAGCUUCUUAAAGCCAAGCCCCAACCUGAUACUCAAUCCACAGUCCAUGUUUCAUCAACAUCUUUAACCAUAGACCAAAACAAAAAAGAAUCCUCAGUGCUUAAAGCAGGAGCUAGUGACCUUCCUGCUAGCAGACCGGUCAGUCAAAUCAAAUCUUCUCUUAAAGUCAAGACCUACCCACUGAGCAGCAGCUCCACAGCUGUGUACUCAGCUUGGUCAGACACUGCCAACAGUUCCACCAACUUAUCCACCAACUCCACUGGCUAUUCCACCUCACGGUCAGACACAAGGCCGGUGGAUAAUGACCCGUCAAGCUCAGACCCGCUUGCUACCAGAUCAACCCCUAGGUUACUCAUGAAUUCACAGCCAUCAAAUCACAGUCAGUUUAGGUCCAGUCAGCUAAUGACCACACCUGUGGACAUUGAUGUUGUGGACAGCGCUGCCUCAUCAGACAGUGGUGACACACUCAAGUCACAUGACACAUUGAAGGCCCAGUACCUGGCCCUACAAGCCCAAUCACUUCAGUGGAAACAGCAGUUGGCACUCAACCAAAACCUACUGACCACACAGAUAGUGGACAAUGUCCAGCCAACCUCUCUCCCAGUCAACAAGGGGGAGUUGAAUUCAUUAGCCUCUCCCCCACCACCCCCUGCUCCAGUGAAAGUGAAAUCAAAGAGUAGUUCAGUCAAACAAAGACCAAAGUAUGAGCCUGAGGUUGACCCUAGAGAACAAUUGAUGAUUUCCAUCAGAAGUUUCAAGGGGAGGGAAGGAUUGAGAACUGUUCCUGUUAAAAACACAAAAUGGGUUUGAGACAGAAGAGGAACAAAACAUACCUUCCAGCACUGUUGAAAAUUUAUAGUUAACAGAAAUCUGCAUCAGUUUUGGCUGACUUGUGCUAUUUGAAGCUGACUCUUGUGCUAUUUGAAGCUCACUUUUGAGCUAUUCACAGCUGACUCUUGAGCUAUAUAUUGCUGACUCUUGAGCUAAUUUUGGCUGACUCUGAAGCUAUUUCAAGCUAUCAGUGUGAUGAAUGAUUUCACACAAAAAAAUCUGAGAACACAUCUCUCACCUGUGUCCUUUAACAGCAACAUAAUCUUAGAGCUGUUGUAAAAUUCCAAGAAAAAUGAACUUUCAAAGUUGACAAGUGCAGAUAAAUCUUGUGGCUAAGGCUGAAAAGGGAAUUAACUCUUGCAGCUGCUUAAAGUGAUGAGGAAGAUUACUAUUUGUUAUUAAAGAAAUGAAAGUUGGAAAGCAACACAUUACUAUACCAGUAUUUUGAACUUUGUUUUUCUACACAAAGCUCUUUGCACAUUGCUUUUUAUAAAUAACCUAACUACAUUAAAUAUAAGGGAAAUGUGUGAAUAGUUAUAUCUGUAAAUUAUUUUUAAAACAAGAAAAUUAUUACAUUUCAAAAUGGCUAAAAAAUCAAAAUGUUUUAUUUUAAUGUUUAGGAUUUGUCCUUAAAUGACAUCACACUUAUUUUUAUUAUUCCCCUCCCUCCCUCUUCAUAAUAAAUGGUCACAAAUUUUAGCUCCACCCACAUAUUUUCCAAAUUGUUUCUUGAAAAAGGAUUUAUUAUAUAAAGUUUUUAGAUUGUUAUUGAUUUUUUUUAUUGCAUUUUACAUAAACCCUGUUAAAAAUGCAAAAUAACUCUUAAUUAUCUUUUCAAACAAAAUUACUGGUUAUAAAACGCAGAAGUGUGAAAUCACACUUUAACAUACCUCUCUUUGUCACCCUCCCCCACACAUCCCACACAGAAGUGUGAGGACAUUUAUGGAUGACCCUCUUAACCCCAAAUAAUUAGAAUCAGUUCACAAAAGAAAGUUCAGAGAGUUGAAAAUGAAGUACCUUCAGUAUUGUUAAAAUAUUAAAUUAUUUUGAAAUAACUUAUUUAAAACUUACUCAGAAAAACAUAUAUCACUGUAAAUUGGUAUCAUUCUUAAAGUGUAUUACAGACUUUCAUUUUGCUUAACUGUAUGUAAAUAAUUGAAUGAAAGCAAAUAUAUGCAAGAAAUUUAUGCAAUGUUUUACCUAUGUACCAAUCAAUUAGGGACCAUAAUGCAUGAGACUAUUCUGUAAAUUUUAAAUAUAAAGAAAUAUCUAAAUACUCAUAUUUAAAUAUCUGUUUAUGUUAAUAUGUUGCAAACUGUGGUGUGUUUGGGUUUAAUUUUUAAAAUUCCAUAUAGAUUUCUUUACACACAUAGUGGUAUUUAUAAAAGCAACAAUUUGUCUCAAGAUGAUUUGAACUGAGGGGACAAAUAUCAAAACAUCUGUGAUGUGUGUACCCAUCCAACACUCGUGAUGUCAUCAUGUGUUAUGUUGAGUGGUUAACUGGUUAACCAGUUCUAACCCAAAUGUGUUACAAGGUUUGACACACCUGUACAACUAUGUAAUCACCAGGUGUGUGACCUAAUGACCUGUAGGUCAGAGUUUAACUACACAUGUACACACAUGAUUGCACUGCAGAGGUCAAAGUUCAGGUUAAAUGUGUUCAGUAGAUUGAUGUCAUGUCCAGCCUGCUACCCUUCGUACAUCAGAUAUGUAGCCCGUAUAACCAUAUUAUGUACAUUUAUGUUUCAAACAAAGUGUUGAGUGUUGGCCGUUGAUGCGAUUGACGUAUCACAAGGUAAAGUUAAUUUAUUUUUAUUCUGUGAAACCUGGUUUGUGUGAAUCAGAUGAGAGACACCUAUUGUCAGCUGAUUUGAUUUACACCAAUUAGUUUCACAAUGUCUGAUUAAGAUUUCUGCUGAUGAUAUAAACUGCAUGUUGCUAAAUAUAAUUUCUUUGUAAAAACUUAACAAUGCCAUUUUAAUUACUGUUUCUUAUUAUUACUUCUGUAAAUUUAAAUAUGUUAACAUUUUUGUAUGUUUUUCAAAUAUUCAAUUUUUCUACAUGGUUAAAAAGUUGUUUGAGAUUAAAUUGUUAAAAUUCUGUUAAAAUGAGAGAAUAUUUUGUAAAUGACAAAACAUUAAAUUAAAUUGUCUAAACUCUGUUAAAAUGAGAGAAUAUUUUGUAAAUGACAGAACAUUAAAUGAAAUUGUCUAAACUCUGUUAAAAUGAGAGAAUAUUUUGUAAAUGACAGAACAUUAAAUGAAAUUGUCUAAACUCUGUUAAAAUGAGAGAAUAUUUUGUUAAUGACAGAACAUUAAAUUAAAUUGUUAAAAUUCUGUUAAAAUGAGAGAAUAUUUUGUAAAUGACAGAACAUUGACCCCUGUCUGGCAUUCUCUGCUAGCCACAGCUCCUGAUUAGUAAAACAUUCACCAAACCUGUCAUGUUCCCUGUAUAUCCCCCCCCCCUCCUAUAUUUGCUCGUCUUUCAUGUAACCUGAACCUACAGCUUGUGAACAAAAAAAGCUGAUGUUCAUUUAUCUUUGUCUUGUAUCAAGAUGGCCAGUGAUUUCUUCAAAUUCAUCCCCACAUUAAUUCAGCCUUAGGCUCAAACUUUAUAUAUCCCCAUUAAUUCAGCCUUAGGCUCAAACUUUAUACAUCCCCACAUUAAUUCAGCCUUAGGCUAAAACUUUAUAUAUCCCCAUUAAUUUAGCCUUAGGCUAAACUUUAUACUUGCCUCAUUAAUUUAGCCUUUGGAUAACAUUUAAAGCCUCCCAUUUAUUCAACAAGCUAGAACUGUAUGUACCCCCCCCCCCCAAAUAAACUCAAGGAUUUAUUAUUACUGUGUAACCCUGUACAUACAAUUUCUACCCAACAGAAUAUAAUCCUGCAUGUGACUGCCCUUCAUGUAACAAAUUCCUUAAGAACCUACUCAUGUACUCUGUUAAUCUAAUGUUGUGAACAUUUCUAAUCAAGGAAGAUUUCUUCUGACAAAAAUGUUAUCUUUCAUUUUACAAAUAAUUCAUUGGAUAUCCUUAAAACAUGUUAAUAAUAAAGUGUACAGGUAUGGGAUUUAAAGAUUUGUGUGCACGUCUCCAUAGUUACACAUUAAUCUGUCUACCAAAUUGGGUUCAUUGUUUCUUCUCUCCCUUGAAUUAUCUCCAAAAUAUAAGUGACUUAAUUUAUUCAAAGAUUAAAUCAGCAGGAAAAAUGUGAUAUUUUGAAAAAAGAAAUGUUAAUUUAGAUCUAGAUAAAUUUAAGGAAGUGAAAUGUUCGUUUUUGAUGAGAUGUAUGCCACAGUGGGACAGUUAAUUCCUUUGUUGAUUAUUAACAUUAGUCACUAUGGUAACCAGAUAAUUUGGUCAAUGUCAUAACCAGCUUUACUUACACAUUCUGUUCACUCUUUAUUUAUCACAUAUUACAGAAUAAUAUACAAUAAUAAAUUAUAUCAAUAUUU